GGUCCUGCGCUCCUCAGCGGCUAACGUUAGCUAGCAAGCUGUCAAGCUGUCAAGUGGAGAGGCUGGGACGGACGUUUCAGCCCCCCCUUCCCCUCCCCCCUGUCUCGGCCACACAAAUCUCCAAGAAAAUCUGUUAGAAUAUACUUUAGGUCGCCAGCUGAGAUAAUGUAAUGCAUCAGGGGCGUACGCCAAGAGGGACCUCCGCACUGACACGAUUUAUAUGAGCAUUGAGUGACGAUUGCUCGUUGCUAGCUAACUGGCCAAGCUAGCCUUAGCUGAUCCGCCGCAAACUCCCCUACUUUCCGUCGUUGUAAGUGACCCUCCCUGGUGUGAACUGCGGCCAGUCACUGUCGCAGCUUCUGUUGCUGUCAACUGGUAUUUCGGAUAUUUGGUUUUAAGAGGGACACAAUGGGGGCAUUUCUGGACAAACCAAAGAUGGAAAAAUACAAUUCCCUUGGUGAGGGUAAUCACCUGAGGUAUGGGCUGAGCAGUAUGCAGGGUUGGCGGGUAGAGAUGGAAGAUGCACACACAGCAGUAAUUGGUUUGCCUCAUGGUCUCGACCUCUGGUCGUUCUUUGCUGUUUAUGAUGGGCACGCUGGCUCGCAGGUGGCCAAAUACUGCUGUGAGCACCUGCUGGAGCACAUCACCAGCAACUCAGACUUCCAGAGUGCUCUGCAGGAGGACCCCUCCGUGGAUAGCGUGAAGAAAGGGAUCCGCACAGGAUUCCUGCAGAUUGAUGAACACAUGCGAACCAUCUCUGAGAAGAAGCACGGCGUGGACCGCAGCGGCUCUACUGCAGUGGGAGUGAUGAUUUCACCAAGCCAUGUCUACUUUAUUAACUGUGGCGACUCACGAGGACUCAUCAGCCGGGGCGGAGCUGUCCACUUCUUCACACAAGAUCACAAACCCAGCAACCCUCUGGAGAAGGAAAGGAUCCAGAAUGCCGGUGGCUCAGUCAUGAUCCAGCGAGUUAAUGGGUCCCUAGCUGUGUCUCGAGCUCUGGGAGACUUCGACUACAAGUGUGUGCAUGGAAAAGGCCCGACAGAGCAGCUUGUCUCUCCUGAGCCUGAAGUUUAUGCAAUAGAGAGAUCCGAGGGGGAAGAUGAAUUCAUUAUUCUAGCUUGUGAUGGCAUCUGGGAUGUCAUGGCCAAUGAAGAACUGUGUGACUUUGUCAGGUCAAGGCUAGAGGUGACGGAUGAUCUUGAAAGAGUCAGCAAUGAAAUUGUUGACACCUGCUUGUACAAGGGAAGCCGGGACAAUAUGAGUGUUGUGUUAAUCUGCUUUCCUGGGGCCCCAAAGGUGUCUCCAGAAGCGGUGAAACGGGAGGCUGAGCUGGAUAAAUAUCUGGAGGCCAGAGUAGAAGAGAUCAUCAAAAAGCAGGGGGAUGAAGGUGUCCCAGAUUUGGUCCAUGUAAUGCGGACGUUAGCAUCUGAGAGCAUCCCUAACCUCCCUCCUGGUGGAGAACUGGCCAGCAAACGAAGUGUUAUUGAAGCGGUGUACAACAAACUCAACCCCUACCGAAGUGAUGACACAGACUCUGCGUCCACAGACGACAUGUGGUAACACAACCUCCUACCACUAACACAGCAUAGAGUUUACAAACCACCAUCCUCUCAAGACCCACAGCAGCUCAGCUCAGCAGUCUGUCUCUCCGUCACUCUGAGCUUUUGGUUUCUAAGAAGGGAAUUUCAUGGGAGGAGGAGGAGAAGGAGGAGGAGGAAGAGGAGUUGCAUGCACACAAACCUGGAAUAGUGCAGCACCAAGUCCACUCUGGAGUUCAGGAUCCCCACCGUCUUGUCUCCCCUUUUUGUUCACCCACCUUAAUACUCUCCUCUAAAGUAAUCCAUAACAAGUGAGUCCACAAGGUUUUCUUUUUUUUUUUUUUUUGUUAAAUAAUCAGCUUAAGUAGUAAGAUUUUUUUGCUGUAAUUAAUUUGAUUCACAUUUCCUUAUGUGUGUUUGUAUAUUUCUGUUUUUGUGAAGUGCAAUUGUCCUGUACAAACAGCCUGUAUUUAAUGCAGCUUGAUUUUAAGUUAAAAAAUGAAAGAAAUGAAAAAGAGAACCUUUUAUGCACUAUCUGCCUUUUCCUGCUCUUCUGGAAUUCUAACAAAUGUCUAUUCAGUGAAUAUUACUGCUUGUCCUCCAGGCACAAUGUCUCUGCGCUUUUACUUUACUUUAGGGUUUGUUUUUUUUUCCAGUUAGUCUAUGCUCCUUUAAGAAACGGGUAAAUUGUAUAGUUGACAGCACAGUAAGCUCUCUAUAUCAAACCAUUUAAAUCCUAAUUAUUUUUUCCCUGUGCUUUUUUUAUUGUAUUUUAUUUUUGUAAGUGGUUUUCUGUACAUGCUCAAAUAAUAAUUGCAAAGUGUUUUUCAGUCAUUUUGGACGUGUGAAGUGAAAAAAAAUCUCUUUUUUUUCCCUUUUCAUUUCUUCGAGGCAUCUGAUGAAAAAGACCCCUGUUUAACACGUUUGUCAGAUAGAUACUUGCAAGCGUGCGUGGGUGCUUGUGUGUAUGUGUGUGCGCACGUGUGUUAGUUUAAAGGCAGAUCUAUAUGUGCAACUCUUAAUUUAAAAUUUUUUGCUAAGGUGGUUCAGACAACAGACCAGGCUGGAGUUUAAGGGAAUUGCUAUCCCAAUGCGCUUACCCCAUUGUCUGCCCUUCUCAGCUGGUGUUUCAUAUCGACCCGACACAGGUUUUCACUACUUCUUAUUCCAAAAGCUUUGGAUAACAGAGUUUACAUGCUGUUACGCUAUUUGAACAACUUCAAGCCAGAACUAUACUGUAACCUGAGAUGACAAAAGUAGUUCAAUUUACCCACAGUGUACAAUGGUUUGCAGCUAGUCAGGUCUCGACUAGCUUACACAUCUAUUGUGUCAUAUUUUAAUUUCAGUUUCUAAAACAUUCAUUGUUAGCAGUGCCCACUGAGGGUGCCAUAUGAUUUAUGAUCACUUGUUUCAGCUUUAUGACAGCCUAUGCCAAGUUUUUUUUUUUUUCAUGAGAUUCAGUUUGUGUGUGGUACAGAUACUAUUUUAGCUUCUAUCUUUAACAUUAUCUGGUAAUUUGACUGAUGUAAACAGCUUAAGCACUGACUAUUUUAGAGAAAAUCACCCAUUAAUAGUCUGAUGAUAAACUAUUGACUCUAAAAAAGGCUUCUUCUUUUUUUUUUUUUUUUUUUUUACAUGGUCUUUAUUUGGACGUUCAAACUAAGAACAAAUCCGCUUACUUCAAUGAGUUCUCAUGGUUGUAUAGCAUCUUUUUAUUCCCAUUGGGUUUGUUCUGCUCAAAAACCUUCCCCCCCUCCACGGCACCACAAGCCAGAGCACAAUACAGUUUGCUGCUAUUGAUUCGCGAGUUGAUUUUCAGCAAAUUUUACCCUCUGAAAAGAUGAAUAGUCACUGACUAAAUCUGUAUUUACCACACACAGUAGAUAUAUUUCUUGAAGAGAAAUGGUUUUAUUUCAGAUUUAUUUUCUGCCUUUUUUUGUCUAAAAUUGCAUUGUUGGAAAUUUAUGUAUGUAUAUAUUUUUGACUUAAACUCUCAAGGAAUAAAUCAUGUCGCUUGAGUUAGCUUUUUGCCAUGGACAGAAUGUGAUUCUGGUUUGUCUCGGGAUGGUUAGCUGAAUACUUUGGAAAUGGUUUCCCUGUUCUAUCACUUUGGUGUCUCUGAUCUACACUUUGUGAAAGCUUCAUUCAUAGAACAUGAUGGUAAUAAUGUACUAAAAAUGUAAUUCUUCAUCUAUCAAAAUGACAAUCCUAACUAUUUCACCACAUUUGGGUUUGUGGUGGGUAGCAAAUUAUGAAAUGUUAAACAGAACAUAGAUUUUAACUUUGACUAGAAUCCUAAAUGAGCUGCUUUCUAAUAUGCUUUAGUGGCAAAAAGGCCAAAGACCACCCAGAUUUUGUAAGUGCAAAGCCUAUAUGAAAAGAACUAUUAAUAUAAAAGAGAACCUAGCUGUAACCAGGUAGAAGAUGUUAAAGUGUAAAGAUGUUAGAGAGUCAUCUUAACUUUAAAGGUACUCUGUGGAGUUUUUGACCACCAGUGGUGCUGUUGAGAAAUUUCUUGAUGAGCGGGUCCUUGCUUUACUAGCAAGAAUGAACGUACAGGACACGAACAUGGGUGACGUGAUGUGCGCUUCUGACUGCAGGGGGCAGUAAUGUGUAUACAAAUGGUUGCGGCAAUUUGCCAAUGCACCUAAAAGAAAAAAAGACGAUAAGACUGCAAGCUAAUGUAAAAGGUGCAGGUUUCAUGAGACGUGGAAUGGCAGUGAACAUGUUUGUUAAGCCUUAAAGGCAUAAAAAAUCAUUUUGGAAAGAUAUGUUGCAUGUAAAUUAAAUUCUGAGUUUAAAGUGGAAACUCCAUCUGGUACCUUUUAAGCAGACAGUGUCAUCUCUCCUAAAAACGUAAAUAGCAGCACAGUUGUAAUAAAUCAGAUUCCCUGUUAAAGUGGUGGCUCACUAAAGCAAAACAUGUCCGUGAAAUAGGGAAAAUUUAUUUUUGUGUGUUUGUUUGCUUAGUUUCACUGAAUUUUCCUUUUUCCAGAAAUAAAGAAAAAGACAAAACCGCCACACUUCAGUGUUGGAAAACAAUUUUGUAUUUCUACCACAGUACUUAUAUACUGACUGUACUUAUAUCAUGUAAAAGGAAAACUCAUUCAUUGUUUGAUAACAGAAGAUUGGAGAAAACGUAUUAGUUUGUGUGAAUUUAGAUAAGCAGUUUAUAGUGCAUCUGGAAGCUGUUUUAUUAUUUUGCGCUGCAUUGCUUGUAUUUUUUAAGCCAGUGCACUAAAUGUCUCUCUUAUCAACUAGUUUUCAGCAACCAGCUGCUUGUUUUGAUGACUCUGAAAGCAACCUUUCAUGCUUUUUUUUUUUUUUUUCAAGCUCAAUAAGGAACAAACAUAUAUUUCUUUGCCACUUGGGGCCAUCACCUAAUCUUUAUAUCCCCCACACCCCCCAUGGACUGUCCUGCACUUGCCCCUCAAAUUCUACUUUUUAGGAUGUGACCCUUAGACGAUGCUGGUUAACAACUCAUUCCACAGAAUGAACAUAAAUGUAGAAAUAAACUUUUUUAAAUAUUCAAAAUUGCUGUAGUUGGAAUGUUAGCAGAUAUUUACAGUGGCUUGGCUGUGAUUUGUAAGGGUGUUUUGUUUCAGUGAAGUUUCAAACGCAUCCCUUUUACUCCCACCGCCCCAACAAAAAAAAAAGAACAAACAAACAAAAAAAAGAUCCCAACAUCCUUUCUCCUUGUUUUAAUUUUUCAUGAAACUAAAAUACCUCAUAACAUUUAUAGGAAGUGUUUUUGUCUUGUGUUCUGUAGAUCCAAACUGUUCAGAAAGCAGUUCAUGUGUGCAGACUAAUGAGAGCAGUUUUUCUUGUGGUUUUCCCCCCUAGAACUUAGGAUUUGAACACACUAUUGAGUGGGAUAAGCCUGUGCUCAUGUAUAGUAUUUGACUGAAUUGUAAUAAUGUUAAAAAAACAAGUAACGAUUUAAGUGGCUACUGCGAAUGACGACUUCUUUUAGCAUCUAGGAAACACUAUUGGCCUUGUUGUAUAAGCUGAUGCCCCUUCAAAACGCCCUCAAACGCCUCACCUGUGUAACUUCACCAACUUGUCCACUUGUGUGAUGCUCACUUAGCUUAAAAAAAAAAAAGAUCUAGAAUUGUAUCAAGAAUUCAGGGUUUUAGAAAUGUGAGAUGUGUGAGAAAAUAGGUGUGACUACAUGACAAUAGUCAUAUGCACUGAUCAUCUGUAUAAUCAGCUUUUCUCAGAAAAUGUUAUUGUAGAGGAAAAAAAAAAGAGUUUAAAGCUAUUUACAGAGUUAUGUUUGGUUGCCUGGAAUGCAUCCUGUAUAUUCUUGUACGGAGGACUACCUGGCAGAAGUUGAAGAGAUUUUAAUUGCUUGCGCCCUCUUGUACAUAUUGAUGUACCUCGGUUGUGGCGUUUACUGUGUGACCCUUAGCAGCGGUGGUUUAUUUGCCCCCUGCGACCUGAGCCUCACUUUGCUGACCUUUUUUCAGCUCAUAAAUAAGCUCACCGAUUUGCCUUACCCAAUCUCAUGUUGCCCCCUGAAGUACUUGUUCAACAAAACACUAUGAGGAAGAGUAAUGCUGCUGACAUUACACUCUUUAUAGAUUUAAAAACUGUCUCCAUGUUAGGGUACUUACACUAUCAACAAAGUGACUCUGUCCUGGUUGUCACAAGGUACAACUUUUCAACCAUCACUGGUUUGUAUGCUAUUUCCCCCCUCCCCCCUCCCCCCCCAUGAUACCGUUUUUUUGAAUCUCAGUCUUGAAAAGCUUAUUUAAUUUUUCACUGCAGAUGAUGUCAUACUUUUAACAAAUGCAAGUGUUUUAACAUGGUAACCUCGUAAGCAUUCAAAAAUGUGCAUACAUACAUUCAUGUCUGCUAUAUUUAUGAUUACAUUCAAGAAUAGCUUUAGAGUGCUGUAGAUAAGUAUUGUCAAUGUUGAUUCAAAUGCUUCUCAGAGGCCUCUGUGAGUUAUUUUACAAAGUUCAAUAACUGUAUAUUUUGUAUUAUGUUCUAGCUCCAAAGGAAUGGCAGAAAAAAAAAAGAAAAUGUUGAAAAAAGCUUUGUUCCCUGAACUAAAUUGUACUAUUUGUGUUGUCGAUUGAACAAAUUGCAUUCCUUGCUUGUGAAUUGAUGCAUUUCUCUCUCUGCUCCUUAAAUUUUCUCCCCUUCUUUCCCUCCUUUCUUUCAUUUUUUUAGCCUUUGAAGUUUGAAUAAAAUUUCUAGUUUGCAGAAUGUAUUACUAAAUAAAUGGGUUGUCAUCUUGUA